AUGCCGGUCCCGUUUGAAGCAUUCAUCCCGAUGGGCCUCGUCGUUGUCAUGUUUGGCAUCACGGGCACGGGCUUCAACAUUGCCAAGCGCAUGACCAACGACGGAAAGCCCCAGCGCCACGGACUCGACGACUGGGAGCACAUGAUGAUGAAGCGCGACGAGAGAUUGACAGGGAGCUUACGAGGACAGAGCGUCGAUCCUGUUGCGCCGCCCGGCUUUGCGACGAACAGCAUCUGGGAGACAGAGCGUGUCAAGUAGAUAGAAGAAAGGCAGGGACGCAGAGAUAUAUUUCAUUCAACCCAUGGCAGUACUGGCAUUACUACAAGUAAGGAAAGAGAGGGAAGGGAGAAGUGAGGAGAACG